CAGUAUCCUAUACUGGUUUUUAGUUGCUUUAUACUCAAACCCAAAGUUUUCCUCUUAUGUUCUCUAGAGUCCUCGCAGUAUUGACCAAUUGGCUUGGUGAAAACUGCCACGAUCGAACUGAUUGUGGAAGACGUGCUGGUGCCGUUCUAUAUCCCUGGAAACAAGUUAAAGCAACAAAACACAUGCGAGAACAUGAAGUCGUGCAAGACGAGCGGGAAACUCAACUGUCAUUCGCAAUGCCGGGAAGUCUUGGGGGCUUUCUGGUAUGGUGUUUGCUUUUGAGCCUGCGACUUGGCUGGCCCCUUGAAAACGAACCAACAGAUGCGCUAGCUACGAGCAGUGAGAAGGAGAUUGUGAUUCCUGUGCCGCUGGAUGGCACUGGACGGAAGCUGCUCGCUUCAGAGAAGAAGGAGAAGAAGAAGAAGAAGAAGAAGAAGAAGAAGAAGAGUUCUUACAAUUAUUACAAACCAAAGUACGUCUCGUUUGCUUCAAGCUUCACCGGGAACACGAUCGAUGACUGCUGGGUGGGGGGUGAUUGGAGGGGCGAUCGUAUGCACUUGGCCGACUGUGCUGUGGGAUUUGGAGCCGGUGCUGCUGGGGGCCGGGGUGGUAAAGUCUAUCAAGUCACUGAUCCUGGUGAUGAUCCCGUGCAACCUUGGCCUGGUACUCUCAGAUACGGAGUGACUCGGUCUGGCCCGCUCUGGAUCACAUUCUCGAGAGACAUGAACAUCAGGCUCAAGGCCGAGCUGCUGAUCACCAGCUACAAGACGAUCGAUGCACGAGGUGCUAACGUGCAAAUAGGACUAAACGGGCCGUGCCUAACUCUCCAGUACGUCGACCACGUUAUCAUCCACGGCCUCACCUUGCGCGACUGCAAGCCGAGCUCGUCCGGAAGAGUUAUUUCGUCAGUCGAUCACACAGGCUUUCGAGGAGGGUCAGAUGGAGAUGCCAUUGCUAUCUUCGGCUCCAGCAACGUUUGGAUUGAUCACUGCUCGCUAUCGAGGGCGCAGGAUGGAUUGAUCGACGCUAUUCACGGAUCCACAGCAAUCACUAUCUCAAACAACUAUUUCUCUGACCAUGACAAGGUAAUGCUCCUCGGUCACUCCGAUAGCUACUCGGCGGACAGAAACAUGAAAAUAACCGUUGUCUACAAUCACUUCGUGGGAUGUGUGCAGCGUAUGCCAAGGGGGCGAUUUGGCUACUUCCAUGUCGUGAACAACAACUAUGAAAACUGGGACAUGUACGCAAUCGGUGGCAGUGCCAAUCCAACGUUCUUCAGUGAAGCCAACAGAUUCCUUGCUACUGGCGCCAAACAGGUGACGAAACGAGAAGCGAAGGGUGGAUCAAACUGGCUAUGGCAGUCUUCUGGAGACCUGUUUGUAAACGGGGCCUACUUUGUAGAGUCUGGAGGUGGAGACGCCUCGCCACACUACAGCGGUGGACAAUACUUUGCGACGAGAUCCGCGUCAAUGGUAACUCGGCUGACAGCAAAUGCCGGUCCCUUGGGUUUGUGAGCUCGCGAAAGGUAUUUCAUAGCUUUGGAAAACAGAUUGUUUACAUCGCACAGCCAAGCACUUGUGUAAAAGGUAUCGAGCCAGCGAAAGGCAGCCAUCCUUUUUCACAGCAGAAAGAGAAUUUUCUUGAUAGCGAAAUCGUUUGGUUUGACAAGCAAAGUUUUCAAGAGCUCUCACUUGUGGAGUUUCUUGUUGCUUCCAAAAUUCCAUGCGUGUAUGGCACCAAGUCAUUCGAAGACCAUGAGGUACUUCGUUUCGUGACAAAAGAUGUUACUCUUGGAUAUAAAUUCAAAGCUCCUAGAGAUGAUCUUAUUGAUCAUCCAUAGUUUGA